AUGUGUAAGGAGGAGCAGACUUGCACUAAUCCAUCUUGUUUCUUUUGCACAAUGAAAGAGCCAGAACCAUCACUCAGGAGAGUUGCGAUAGCAAACAUUUUCAAGGAAAUGCCUUUCACAGACCACCAAGACCAAGUUUUGGUGCUUAGUGGUCUGUGGCAUGUGGCUAUGACUCACCCUGAUGACCCAGAGUUCCCCUCCCUCGGCAUUUUCAAGUGCAUGGCAAACUUAAUCUACAAAGGUAUCAAUGAUAGAAAUUGGCUUCUCAAAGACCAAAACAUUUAUAUACCUUAUUAUGCUGCUCAUGUCAUUGGUUCUUACACCAUGAACAAGGUUGAGUUCACAGAAAUAGCAGUCCAACAAGGUGUCAUACCACCACUAAUGGAGCUCUUAAGAGGAAAAAUCAGCUGGGUUGAGCAAAGGGUUGCGAUUAGAGCACUUGGCCACCUGGCUAGCUAUGAGAAAACCUUUGAAGCUGUAGCAAAGUAUGAAGAAGAAGUGAUCAAGCUAGCUAUGAAAUUAGCUUGCACUUGCCUAGAAGUGGUGUAUGUUAACUUUGUUGGGGUGAAGAAUAUAAAUAAGAGAGUGAAGUAUCAUUGUGAUUUGCUUACUAGAGGUAUUGGAGAUUCAGAAAUGGAGGACAGGAAAGGUGAAGAAUGGGCUAGUCAACUUCAGUGUUGGUGUCUAUAUCUCCUAAAUUGCUUUGCUUGCAAAGAGAGGUCUUUGAGUCUCAUUUGUAAGCAAGACUUUUUGGGAAAACUGUGUGGCAUGUGGGGUGGAUUGAUGAAUCAUUCUUCACCAGCUUGGGUUGGACUUGUUAGAAUAUUGUGUUAUAGUAAAGAUGGAAGAAAAUACAUAGCUGAAUCCAAAGAGAUUAUUGAGAAUAUCUGUAAUCUUUCAAGAUCUUCAGAUGAUUGGCAGUACAUGGGCAUAGAUUGUCUACUAUUACUUCUCAAUGACCAAAAUACCAGGUACAAAGUUUUUGAGAUAAUUGCUUUGUUUGUUAUUGAUUUGGUUGAACUUGGAAGCCUUGGAGAUAGGCCAAACUUGGGUGAAACAAUCACAAAAGCACUCCUUUUAGAUUACAAACAAAGUAAAGUUAAGUUUAGAAACCAAAAAGUCCAAAAAGCUUUGCAAGAUGUCUGGAAUUUGAAAGUGGAGAGGAGGAAGAAAGAGAAACUAAUGAGUGAAGAAAAACUUGAAGAGAAAAGGGUUUUAGUGUGUCUGAUUAAACAAGAAGCAAACCAUAGGUUUUGGUUAGGUGAAAUAGAAGAAGCUUUAGCUAAGUACACUGAAGCAUUAGACCUAUGCCCAUUAAAGUCAAGGAAAGAAAGAAUGGUGCUAUAUAGUAAUAGAGCUCAGUGUCAUUUGCUACUUAGAGAUCCAGAUUGUGCUAUUAGUGACUCAACUCGUGCUCUUUGCUUAGCCACUCCAGCCAAUUCUCAUAGUAAAAGUCUUUGGAGAAGAUCACAAGCUUAUGACAUGAAAGGGUUAGCCAAAGAGAGCUUGAUGGAUUGCAUAAUGUUCAUCAAUGGUUGCAUUAAGUCCGGCGUGACCAAGCGCGUGAAGAUCCCAUACUAUGCCGCGCGUAUGAUCAGUAAACAGAUGGAUGCCACGUGGCUAUUCACCGCUGCCCGGUCAAAGACAACAAGCAGUCAAGCUAGAAAAGUCAAAGAAUCUGACGGUGACUAUGAGUGCGACAAUGACGAGCAACAGCGUGGUGAAAUGAUGGGGGUGAUGAUAGAGAACAAGGAUUUCCUAUCUGGUUUGUCCACCAUUAUUGAGGAGCCUCUGCUCGUAAAAGAAGUGAAUAGAAGAAAAGUGGAAAGGGCAAGAAGGAGAUCAAAGAAAGCUGUUAUAGCUCGGUCCAUGUAGGUCCAGUGGGCCAAGUUGGAGCAAAUAUACGGCGUGUGUCAUCAGAUUCAUCAUAUAUAUAUGUAACAUGUGAUGGGCCUCAUUUUGAUAAUAUUUUUCUUCUUUUUUUUACCAUUACCUGUAUCCUAAAUGCUUGUAAAAGACUGCGAAAUUUUCAAUCUGGGUCAAUUAGUUUGAUCCA